AUGGCCUUUCGAAGGUUCUUGACUGCGACACUACUCCUUGCUGGGUCUGCCUACGGAGAUCAUGAGCUUGGAGAGAACGAGGACCUUGCUGGGUCCAGUGACUCAGACACAGCCAACCUCAAAACCGUGGACGAUGUGUCCCGCCAAGAAGGCAAGGCCAAAUUUGUUGGCUUAAACAUCUGUGGCUUCGAUUUCGGAUGCAAUCAAAAGGGUUUCUGCGACCUAAGCAAGAUCGACGCACCACUGCCCAAUGUCGCCCCGGCAUACACCGACCCAGACGACCCCCUCCACAACGGCACCGCCCAGAUGGCCCAUUUCGUCACAAACCACAACUUCAAUAUCUUCCGCCUCCCCGUCUCCUGGCAGUACCUCGUCAACAACGACCUCGGCGGGCCCCUCGACCCGACCAACUUCGGCCACUACGACCAGCUUGUCCGCGGGUGCCUCGCGACCGGCGCGUACUGCAUGAUCGACCUACACAACUACGCGCGGUGGGACGGCAAGAGGAUCGGGGAGGGCGACGGCCCGUCGGUCGCCCAGUUCGCAGACCUCUGGGGCCGGGUCGCGGCCAAGUACAGAGACGAAGACAGGGUUUGGUUCGGGGCCAUGAACGAGCCUUACGACCUGCGCUCGCUCCCGGAGUGGAAGGGUGCUGUGCAGGCGGCCGUCACGGCGAUAAGAGGGGCCGGUGCCGCGACGCAGCUCGUCUCCCUUCCGGGCGGGGGUCACCAGUCGCCGGGCUACCUCAUCGCCAAGGGCGACGGGGAUGUCCUGAAGCAGGUGACCAACCCGGAUGGGACGGCUGAUAACCUCGUGUUCGACGUGCAUCUGUACCUCGAUGCUGACGGCUCCGGGACGAGCAGGAAGUGCGUCACGAGCGGCAUUGAGGAGCACUGGGCGCCGCUGGCCAAGUGGCUGCGGGAAAACGCGAGGCAGGCGGUCGUGACUGAGACUGGGGGUGGCGACACACCCUCUUGCGAGAAGUAUCUCUGUCAGCAGCUGAGAUAUCUGGACAACAACUCGGAUGUCUUCCUGGGAUACGUGGUCUGGGCGGCUGGGUCUUUCAAGCCGUCGUACGAAUUAUCAAUGACACCGUCUGUCAAGGGCGGCUAUUGGGAGGAUGUUCCCCUGCUCACUCGGUGCGUGAUGCGCUUCUCCAUCGCCGCUAUUACCGCUGCCAUUAUGGCCACUGCCAUCGCACUUCCAACUCCGGAUGCUGAGAAACCAGCUGAGCUCGCCGCUCGCUGCAAUGACAGAUACAGAGAGUGUAUCAAGCUCUGUGACGGAUUUCAAGCAGGUCCCGGUGGAGGCAUCUCGAUGGCUGGGAUUUGCAAGGUCUCGUGCCAAAUUCAGUCUGGCUGUUAG